GCGUUAUGUAUCUUCCUUAAGGCUCUUUCUUCUCCAGUCUAGUCUAGGUCAAAUUUCCAGUUCUCAGGGACACUCUCUGUGAGUUUUGGGACCUAAUUCGCCUGUAAUUCAAACCCUAGCCCAUGGACGACGCUCCGCUAGCCUCAGAAACCCCCGUUGGCCGCCCGAAAAGAUCUAGGGCUCAAGCUCGGGCUGGUGGAGAUGAACCUAGCAAGGGAACUGGUAAUAGUGACGAGAACCAAGGAAGAAUCAGUGAUGCGAGUGAUGGGAGCCCGAAUCAGGUGGAGCGGGAAGGGUCGCCGGAUGAUUUUGAAGAAAUUCGUCCCAAAGCUAAGCGAAAUAAAGCUUCUGAAGGUGCUUCGGGUGCUGCAUACAAGUCUGAUGCAAGCUUGAUUGAGGUCAUCAGAGGUGGUGGCAAAUAUAUUGCUCAAUCUGUCAAGCAUUGGGUUGAGCGAUAUGAAAAGGAUCCAAAACCUGCAACGGUUGAACUCUUAUCAAUGCUGUUUGAGGCAUGUGGGGCUAAAUUUUACAUCAAGGAAGAGUAUCUGGAUGAGACUGAUGUUGAUGAUGUUGUGGUUGCACUUGUCAACCUUGCUAAAAAUGGCCAUAUUGAAGAUAAUCUAAGUUCAAAAAAGAAGGAAUUCAAGAAUUUCAAGGAGAAUCUUCUUUCAUUCUGGGACAAUUUGGUUAAUGAGUGCCAAAAUGGGCCAUUGUUCGAGAAGUGCAUGGACUAUAUAAUUGCACUUUCGUGCACUCCUCCAAGAGUAUACCGUCAAGUUGCUUCGCUGAUGGGUCUCCAACUUGUCACUUCAUUCAUUUCUGUGGCAAAGAUGCUUGCUGUGCAGCGAGAUACUAGUCAGAGACAGUUAAAUGCUGAAAAGAAGAAAAGAACCGAGGGGCCUCGCUUGGAGUCACUGAAUAACAGGUUAUCAAUGACACAUGACAAGAUUAUUGCAAUAGAGGAGAUGAUGCGCAAAAUAUUUACUGGGUUGUUUGUGCAUCGUUAUCGAGACAUCGAUCCUACCAUCCGGAUGACAUGCAUACAGUCACUUGGUGUUUGGAUUUUGUCAUACCCUACUUUGUUCUUACAGGAUCUAUACUUAAAGUAUCUUGGAUGGACGCUAAAUGACAAGAAUGCUGGUGUGAGAAAAGCUUCUGUUCUUGCAUUGCAAAAUCUCUAUGAGGUGGAUAGUAAUGUGCCAACUCUUGGUCUAUUUACUGAAAGAUUUUCAAGCCGGAUGAUUGAGCUUGCUGAUGAUAUUGAUGUUUCUGUUGCUGUGUCUGCAAUAGGGCUUGUGAAACAAUUACUUAGACAUCAGCUUCUGCCUGAUGAGGACAUGGGUCCCUUGUAUGAUCUACUUAUUGAUGAUCCGCCUGAAAUCAGGCAUGCCAUUGGAGAAUUAGUAUAUGAUCACUUGAUUGCUCAAAAAUUUAACAGCUCCCAAUCUGGCACAAAAGGCAAUGGCAGUGAGGUCCAUCUUGGCAGAAUGUUGCAGAUACUACGGGAGUUUUCAACAGAUCCAAUUUUAAGUGUCUAUGUUAUUGAUGAUGUCUGGGAAUACAUGAAGGCCAUGAAGGAUUGGAAGUGUAUCAUCUCCAUGCUUCUGGAUCAGAAUCCAUUGAUUGAGCUAACUGAUGAUGAUGCAACCAACUUGAUUAGACUUCUUUUUGCAUCUGUUAGAAAGGCUGUUGGGGAGAGGAUUGUUCCUGCUUCAGACAAUCGAAAGCAGUAUUACACGAAAGCUCAAAAGGAAAUAUUUGAAAACAACCGUCGAGAUGUAACUGUUGCCAUGAUGAAGAAUUAUCCAUUGCUUCUGCAAAAAUUCAUGGCUGACAAGGCAAAAGUUCCAUCUUUAGUUGAGAUUAUUCAGCAUAUGAACCUUGAGCUGUAUUCUCUGAAGAGGCAAGACCAGAAUUUCAAAGCUGUUCUUCAGCUCAUCAAAGAUGCAUUUUUUAAACAUGGUGAGAAGGAUGCACUGAGGUCUUGUGUGAAGGCUAUAAAGUUCUGUUCUGCUGAAAGUCGGGGAGAGUUACAAGAUUUUGCUCGCAGUCAAUUGAAGGAUCUUGAAGAUGAGCUUAUUACUAAGCUUAAAUCUGCAAUUAAAGAAGUAAUGAAUGGUGAGGAUGAGUAUUCUCUUCUUGUAAAUUUAAAAAGGUUAUAUGAGCUUCAAUUGUCAAGGCCUGUAUCUAUUGAAAGCUUAUAUGUCGAUAUUGUCUCCAUUCUGCAUAGCCUCAGAAACUUGGAUGAUGAGGUUGUCAGUUUUUUGCUUUUAAAUAUGUACUUGCAUGUAGCCUGGUCUCUUCAUUCUAUUAUAAACAGUGAAACUGUAACGGAAACAUCCUUAUCUUCUCUUUUGUCAAAACGUGAUACCUUGUUGGGGGAACUCAAGUACUUCCUUAACACCCUGCCUGAAGUUGGAGAAGGGAGUAAAACUGGAAAUCAGUUGGCUUGCAGAGUUUGUACUAUACUAGCAGAUCUCUGGUGUUUGUUUAGAAUAACAAACUUUUCUUCAACAAAGCUUGAAAGAUUAGGAUACUGUCCAGAUUCCUCUGUUCUUCAAAAGUUCUGGGUACUUUGUGAACAGCAGCUCAAUAUUUCAGAUGAGACAGAAGAUGAUGAAAUAAACAAAGAGUAUGUAGAGGAGACAAAUAGAGAUGCUGUCAUGAUUGCUGCUGCAAAGUUGAUUGCUAAUGAUACGGUUCCUAAGGAGUAUCUUGCUCCAGAAAUUAUUUCCCAUUUUGUGAUGCAUGGAACUAGUGUGGCAGAGAUCAUUAAGCAUCUUAUCACGGUUCUAAAGAAGAAAGAUGACGGUGUCUCUGAAAUUUUUCUAGAAGCAUUGAAAAGGGCUUACCAUCGUUAUCUUGUGCAAGACUCCACAAAUGAUGAGGAAUCAUUUAAAGGCAAGUCAUUUCAGGAAUGUAAGGAUCUGGCUGCUAGGCUUUCUGGAAUGUUUGUGGGUGCUGCUCGGAACAAGCACAGACCAGAUAUUUUAAAGAUUGUCAAGGAAGGAAUUGAAUAUGCUUUUGUUGAUCCUCCUAAACAGCUGUCUUUCCUGGAAACUGCAGUGGUACAAUUUGCAUCAAAACUUCCUUCAACUGAUGUCCGGGACAUUCUGAUGGAUGUACAGAAGCGGACAGAGAAUGUGAACACAGAUGAAGACCCAAGUGGGUGGCGCCCAUAUUUGACCUUUUAUGAUAGUUUGCAAGAAAAGUAUGCAAGGAAUGAAGGUUUGCAAGAUGAGAAAGAAGGAACCGCUGUGAGACGCAGGGGUCGUCCAAGAAAGCGGCGUAAUAUUGAAGGGAAGAGACUCUUUGAUGAGCAAAGUUCAAGUGAAGAGGAUUCAAUCAGCGGAUCAGACCAUGAAGAUGCUCAAGGUGAAGCAGAUAAACAAGAUGAGGAUGACGAUGAAGAGGCUCCUUUGAUACAUUCACUCAAGUCGGCAAAGUUGAGGUCAUUGAGAGCUGCAAGAGGACAAACCCAGAUGGGAGUUUCUGGAAGGGCAACAGAUACUUUGGCUGCUUCUAGAACAUCAGGGGCACGGGCAUUCAGUUAGUGAAAAUUGACAUUACUUCGGCUUCUUGUACACAUUGUCAACAGAUAAUGUAGGAUGUAGCAGAGUAGCAUAGUCUCCAUCGAUUUCCCUCACUGGUUCUGAGUUUCCUUGUAACAUGUCUCGCUAUUUAACCAAAGUUUGUGAUGGCCUCACAUUCCUAGUGCUCAUAUUACAGUCAGUUGUAUGAUAAGUUUUUAUCAACACUUAGCAUGUUGUAUACGAUAGAUAUUCUAGAUCAGAGAAAGCUUUAUUCUUGUAGAGCUCCCAACUGUCUUGGUUUGAAUGGUAAGCAGAACAUAUUUUCUCAGGAUGUUCACGUGAAUUCCUUCACAUGUCUCUCACUAGUUGAAAACAUACAUU